CCUAAAAUGUAUUAUCCAUUUUUUACAGAAAUUUAACAUUGAAAAUGGAUUCUUCCACUUCAUCUUCAGAUCAUCAGUCGGAUUUGCAACACAUGCCACGACAUGAUGUCUUCAGUUUCGGCGUUUCUGCUGAAAUGGACACAAUAAAUUUACCAACUUAUCGAGAUGUUUUAAAACAUUACUUUUUUUUGAGUGAUGCUGCAAAAAAUAGAAAUGAAAUGUUUUCCUACCGAAAAUUCACUUUUAAUGUUACUGAUAAAUUAAUUUUAAUUUGGAGUCAAUUGAGAAUUGAAUUGCUUGACAGAAAACAUAUUAUAACAAAAUUAAAUAGACUGCUUGAAAAAUAUAAGAGAGAAAUACAACGUAAAGGAAGACCAACAUAUCGCAAAUUUGUUGAAAGUACCGCUAAGGUAUUCUUUAUUGGAACAUGUCAAUGCAGUUUGGAAGUGAAUACAUGUAAUUGCGGCAAAAUUCCACAACAUUUAAAGGAAUUCAUGUUCGAUCAACAUAACUCUAGGAAUCUUUGUCUUCCGGAAUACAAUGAAUAUGUUUCGGAAAUAAUUACUACUACAAUCGAAAAAACUGCGACAAAUCCAGAAGACAACUCAUACGAACCUACUCCGUCAGAAUUAGAAGUUAACAUUGAUAUGCAAUCUGUUUGGGUACCAGUGGAAGAGGAAAGCAAACGUGGAAUUUACACUCAAAGAUACGAUGCCUUCAAUUUUGCUAUGUUUUGCGAUCGAUUUAGAAUACCGCAUAGACAAAGUUCAUGCUUAGCUACAGCGCUCUUUAAAGACAUUAAUUUAAAGGAUAAUAGAGGAAACCCGGUAGUAAUGGAUAGAUUUAAAGUAGCGAGAGAAAAAAUGAAAGCCAGGGAAGUUAUAUCCAGAAGACGAUAUGAUGGUUCGACGGUGAUAGCAUUUUCUUAUGAUGGUAGAAAAAAUGACUCCCUUACACAUGAAAAAAUAGAGGAAAAAUGGCAUCCACAAAUAGUAAAAGAACCACAAUUGGUUGUUUUAAGGGAACCAGAUGAAUAAUUAAUUGGUUAUAUAAACCUAAAAGGUGAAACUGCUGAAAUAAAGUCCAAACAAUUGUGUGAGUUUUUCGAUGCGAAAAAUUUAUCGUUAACAGAUUUAAUUGGUAUUGGUUCUGAUGGAGAGAACACCAAUACUGGUGUCGAUAAUGGUGUAAUAAGAAAGAUGGAAAUACGUCUACAGAAACCUUUGCACUGGUUUAUAUGUCUUCUUCACUUCAAUGAAUUACCACUACGUCAUUUGUAUGACACAUUAGAGAAAUCUGUAACAAAAGGACCGCGAGCAUUAACAGGAGGAUUGAUUGAAAAACUCAAUGAAUGUGAAAAAUAUCAGGUUUUGCUUGAUUUUGAACCAAUUCCUUUGGACAAUAUGCCACCCCCCUUAGAGAAUGAAGAGGAACUGUCUGUCGAUGUAAAAUACCUACUACAAAUGGGUCAUGCAAUUUCUCAAGGAU